AUGAGUUCUGAAGGAGUUGGUGAUAGUGAACUCGAAAUGAGUUAUAGAGAAGAAGAAUCAUUGAUUUCAGAUGAUGUUCUUAAAUCUGAGCAAGUUGAAGAACUUUUGCAAGGUUUAUCCUUUAGAAAUCCUGAAGAUAUUAAAAUAGAUUCAUUAUUACAAAAUAGAAGUUAUCCUCCAGUAGUUGAUAUGUUUCCAUCUACAAUUAAAUUCGCACAUACGUUUCCAAAUGUUCCUUUAAGCCAAAAAAUUACGUUAUCAAAUAAUGGACGAGCAAGUGAGCAUUUUAGAAUAUCGAUAUCAGGUGAUAAAGUGUUUUCUAUAUCAGAAAGAGAAAUUGAAAUACCUGCAGGAACUACAUAUACGUUAUUUAUUACUUUUACACCGAAAUCAAUUGAAUUAUACAACGGAUCCUUAAUUAUUGAAGGCCGUAAAUCAAUUGUUGCUCCAAUUACUGGUCAUUGUAUUAACUCACCAUUUGGAUAUCCUCCAAUCAACUCAGAAGUAUGGAAUUUCCCACGAGAAUCUACUCAACAUGAUUUACGAUUUACUAAUGAUUCUGUUUCUUUAGAAUUACCAGUUAAAUUAUCAGUUAAUACAGAUUUAUUUUUGUUAUCUGCAGAAGAUUUUAUCAUACCGCCCAAAAAACAAGUUAUGGUUUCUUUGCACUUUACACCUCAUUCAUCAAUGUUAGAUUUAGACCCAGUUUUAUCAAUUACUUGUGAUGUUACAGGCGACAAAGUACAAAUACCAUUAAAUAUUGCACCACCACAGUCAAAGAAAAUCCUUAACUUUGGUGUCGGAAUUAUUGGAAAACCUUUAUUCCAUGAAAUUGAAACAACAUCUGUCUAUCAAAUUCCAGCAGUACCGUGGCCAUUUGCCUUUGAACAAGAUUACUCUGAUGAAACUUUAGCUGUCAUUAGCUUUUCUUCUCCAAAAGCAGGAACUUUUUCAGGAACGAUCGAAUUAUGUGGUAUAGAAUAUCAAUUAAACGCCACAGCUAUCCCAGUUCCAUAUGAAAUUACAAUUCCUAGGAAGUUCCCCAAAGAACCAUUUGCUUUUAAGAAUAUUUCAGGAAGUUAUGCUGCAUUUAAUUUAAAUCCUCUCUCAUCAAAUUAUAUUCUCAACAUAAAUAAGUUCGAUUUACGUCCAAAUCAAGUCAUUGAAAUUAAUAUGAUAUCUAAAACCCCAUCAGACGAAGCCAGUUUAACAAUUGAAAUUAAAUGCGAAAUUAAUGACAAAACAGUUACAGAUAACUUUGCAAUUCGUACAACAGGAGUUCCAUCCUUCAUCGAUGUUUCUCAGAAAUCCAAAAUUACUGAAGCUGAUGAAGCAGAUCUCCUUGCAAGUAAGAGUGAGAUACUUUCUCCUGGCCGUGCAAAGCCUGUUUCAAUGAUCAAAUCUGUUACUGGUAGCAUUUUAUAUGAAAAACAAAGCCAAAGAUCAAAAUUAAGUCAAUCCAGCAUUCUUUCUUCAUCAAUGAUUGAAGAAUCACCUGCGAAGACACCGGCUAAACUAGAGAACCAUAAUGAAUCACCAAAUAAGAACGAAAGUGGCUCAUUAAUUUCAAAUGAUAAAAAUGUUAAAACAAAAACAUCAUUAAUUGCAUUUCCACAGAUUUCUAAAGAAACUCCUGCAUCUUAUCAGCUUACUGUUAGCUGCCAAUCUGAAUUUGAACUUGAAGCUCCUUCUUGGAUCCAAAUUAAUCAAGAUCGCCUCGAAAGUGGCUCUCCAAUUCUCAUGGUCGCUGAUUCAUUGAUGACAUCUGCACUAUUUUCAUCAGUUUCAGUACGUCCGGAUGAUGGAUCUCCAUUAGAUAUUCCUGUAAUCGCUUACAGAGGAAAAGCUAACUUUGUUUACGACGAAAUUGCGGAAUUUCAAGGUGGAAAAGUUACAGUCGAAGUGAGGAAUGAAGGCACAAGAAGUGGAUUCAUUGCUAUUUCACAAGCUGAAGAACCUGGCUUUGAUUUAACAGUAUCUCCUGUUUGUGCAGUUAUCCCUGCAGGAGGAAGUAAAAAGUUCGAUUUCUUUGCAGGAGAAAACGCUCCUGAAGAGUUCGAAGUAAGUGCACAGAUAUACACAGGCGAUGAAAUACUCAGACAGCUAAGAAAUGCUGUUAAACCUGAAGGCUUCUUCUACACAUUAUUUGCUAAAACACGAGCUAAAGAUGAAUUGGCUCCUUUCAGAGGAAAAAUCAAACUUUUGAGAACAUCAAGUUUAGUUUCUUUGUUCAAGCAACAUCUUGAGAGAUCUUUAUUGACUCUCAAGCGUGGAAAUCCUCUUAAACAGAACUACGGAAUUCUUCCAUCAACUGUUGAAUUGAAUGGAAACACAAGUGGAAAAUUCGCUAUAACUAAUUUCACUAAAAAAGCUGUUUCUUUCUCAGCUUUGCCGAUGAAAGCAGCAAUCAUUGUUUCCCCAACAAGUGGAAGAAUCAGUGCUCAAUCAGAUGCAACAAUCACAGUAACAAUGAGUGAACAAGGCCAAGGAGAUAUCGAUGUAACUGUUGGAGAAGAAAAAUUCACUGUUCAAGUUACUCAAAAGAACAUGAUUUAUGAUAAACCACCAACAGCAUUCACUAUUGGCAGUAAAGAAUUGGAUUUUGGAUUGAUGAAUCAAGGCGAAAACAAGCAGCUUGAAAUUCCAAUUACUAACUUUACUAGCCAAAAGAUAGUUGUUGAUGUUGAAUGUUUGGAUGGAAAACAUUCAGAAGAUUUCGAGUUCGCUUCAUCUAUUUCUAUUCCUGCUUUAAGUGAAUCAUCAUUAGUUGUUGAAUAUACAGCAAGACACACGUCUUUGUCAUCAGCUUUCCUCAAGUUAUCUUUCAAUGAUACUGAAUACAAUGUUAAAAUGUUUGGAAGAGCUUUCGUUGUCAGACAAACAGCAUUGGAAUUCCCACAUGUAGGAGUUGGUGGAUCAAAGAUAGCGCGUGUUAAAGUAGCAAAUAAGACUGAUAGAAUCGUUAGAGUUCUUUGUGAUAGUUCUGCUCCUUUCUUCUUCGUAGAAAGAGAUUUUAUUAUUGAACCAAAAUCUUUCGUACUUUGUCCAGUGAAAUUCAGCCCUGCUGUACCUGGAAAGUAUGAAGGAACUGGUGAAAUUCGAAGUGAGGCAGGUACAUUAACACAUAUUGUUUUCUCUGGUAUUUGUUACGAAUAA